CCUACAUGGCUUAUUCAGCUCUGUUCUAACACACUAAGUUAACUAACUAACUAUAUCUACCGACAGCAAUUCCUGCCUCAGGCAUAAAUGGUAUAACGCAGGGGAAGGGACAUGUGAUAAACUUCAAACAUGAAAUACUCUUUCACCGGCCCUCCUCCCGUGCCCAACUCCUUUCGUUUCCUCCUACUUAUCUUAUGUCUGUGACUUUGCAUUCGGGAAAUCGCCAUGAUGAAGUUGGGGCAGAUAAUCAUAGGGCGAACGGGCCAAUACUCUAUCACUAAGCAACUUCAUGAGAGUGUCUGGCUUGCGAUGAACCAAGAUAAUGACAACUUCAUCGUGAAAAGUGCCAACCAUUUCCGUGUUCACAACGAAAGAGACGUCCUCCGGAAAUUUCAACACAAAACUCCCUUUUUACGGCCCCUGCUUGACGAGAUCCAAGACCCUGCUUCUCCACCGGCGAUUGUUCUGAAAUAUCUAGAUGAUGAUAUUUCACAUGCGUCCAAUAAAAAACGUCUCGCCCGUGCAGAAGUCAAGUACGUCGCUCACCGUGUAUUAGAAGCGCUAUCUGUUCUGCACCAAGAAGGAUUUGUUCAUACGGACAUCAAACCAAGCAAUGGGUUGGUCAAUAACGGAAAAGAUGGAUCUAGGUUCAAAGAGGUCCAAUUAGCAGAUUUUGGAAGCACAGUUCACAUGGAUUCUGCUCAUGCUCGCGAUGGAGACUCCAUCGGGACCCCAAUUUUCAGAAGCCCGGAGGCUCAUCUACAGAUGAGAUGGGAUACAGCCACUGAUAUAUGGUCUUUUGGGGCAACGCUCAUAAGCCUGCUCUACGGGGAGGGUUUCCAUAUUUUUAAACCUGAUGUCCCUGCGGAUCACGAAGGUGAUAAUCUGAAAAUCCUCAUGAAGCACCAUCAAAGUUUUGGGCCGUUCCCCGCUUCGUACGAUGAGAUAGCAAACCAAGAACGACGAGCAGUUCUGGCUUGGGUUAUGCAAAACUGGCUUCCAAAUACUAUGAGGCCUUUUCAUCUCACGACCUCACGAGAGAUUUGCAAUGAAGACAAGGAGUUUGUACUUAAGGUCAUGAGACUUGACCCAAGAGAUCGGCCUUCUACCCAGGAACUGUUAGAAGACAGCUGGUUUGCUUCAUGGGAAUGACGCUUGAUCAAAAAGAGAUUGAGUGUAUCUCAAUACUCGAUCUGGGACCGUGUACAGUGAUAAAGGCUGAUAGCGAUAACUCGGGCAAGAUUGUGUUGGAUAUUCUCUUCUUUGUGUGGAAAACAUCUUACCUCCUCCCGGGAAUCGAUAAGUCAAGACAGGAGUAGGUGGUGUCAGCAAAUCGCCCGUGGAAACUAUGUACUAAAGCCCCCAAUCUCGAUUUGAGUCCGACUCAGGUUGAUGUCAGGCGUUCACUUGCGCGUUCACUAAGCAAUAGCGGCCGAGUUCACAAUCUGUUAUGUAAAACCGUUUUUGGUCUCAUACUCUCGGUGAUGGCGCAAUGUUUCCCAGCUACCAGGGGUGAAUGAGGUGCUGAAGUAUUGCACGGGGCAUCACGAAGAAUGUGGCUGUUCAGAGGGAUGGGUUUUUCUGAGGGGG